AUGUACCAGCUCCACCUUAGAUGGCAAAAUGGUAGAGUGACAAUAAUGAUUGAUUUGAAGAUAAAUAGGGAUGAUUCUGGCUUAGUCUUUGGUGAAAAUAAAAGAUCCGUAGAUAGUGCGACUAGAAGCUCAAAUAAAAUGAGAUUCAAUUUUGCAAGUUGCGCAGUGAGCUAUUUGUUCGUAGCCACAGCUAAAGGCCUAUCAAGUGAAUCUUACAACAGCGAUCAAGCUAGCAGUACAUUUGGAGAGUCUUCACGAGCUACAAUACAAGAUUCAUGGACAUGGGGUGUUGAACAAGUUCCUAACAUCAUCAAUUCAUCUGCAAUUGAUGCAAAUGUAGCUGCAAAAGGCUACGAUCUUCUUAACGUUUCGAAAACAAGGCAUGGAAUUGAAGGGAUCUUGAAGUUGAAAGAAGCAACCGAUAUAUAUGGGUACGACUUUGAUUAUUUGACACUUACUGUCGAAUAUCAGACGAAUGAAAGAUUAAAUGUUCAAAUCAAACCAAAGAACAUGACUGAUGUUUUUGAUUUGCCUGAUUAUUUAAUUUCAAAACCCAGUUCAGAGUGGAAACACGAAGACCUUCGAGGAUCCGAUUUGAAAUUUACAUAUCAAGAGAAGAACUUUGGCUUUAAAGUUGUCAGAAAAGCAACCAAUGAAAUUUUAUUCUCUACCAUUGGCAAUCCAUUGGUGUUUUCUAACCAAUUUAUUCAGUUCAAUACCACUUUACCUAACCAACACGUCAUAACUGGUCUUGGAGAAUCUAUUCAUGGUCUUGUAAAUGAGCCUGGAGCAGUCAAGACCUUGUAUGCAAAUGAUGUGGGUGAUCCUAUCGAUGGUAACAUAUACGGCGUUCAUCCUUUCUACUUGGACCAAAGAUAUGGUAGUAAUACUACACAUGGAGUAUAUUGGAGAACUAGUGCUAUUCAGGAAAUUGUUCUUGGUGAAGAAUUUUUAACUUGGAGAGCUUUAAGCGGUGUAAUUGACUUAUAUUUCUUCAGUGGACCAGAGCCAAAAGAUGUCAUUCAACAAUAUGUGAAAGAAGUGGGAUUGCCAGCCCUUCAACCAUAUUGGGCACUUGGUUAUCACCAAUGCAGAUGGGGUUACCGAACACUUGAGCAGCUUGAGGAAGUUGUAGAAAAUUUCAAAAAUUUCAACCUUCCUUUGGAAACAAUUUGGUCUGACAUUGACUAUAUGGACUCUUAUAAAGAUUUUACUAAUGAUCCUUAUAGAUACCCAUUAGAUAAGUAUAAAGCUUUUAUCGACAAAAUUCAUAAGAAUAAUCAACAUUAUGUCCCAAUUGUCGAUGCUGCUAUAUACGUCCCAAAUCCACUCAAUGAAAGCGAUAAGGAUUAUUUGCCAUACUCUGAGGGUAAGGGAAACUUCUUAAAAAAUCCCGAUGGUUCUGAGUAUAUAGGGGCAGUGUGGCCUGGAUUUACAGUAUUUCCAGAUUUCUUGGCACCAGGGGCACAAGAAUAUUGGACGAAACAGUUCAAACGCUGGUAUAAGGAUGUAAAGUAUGAUGGCAUAUGGUGUGACAUGAAUGAAGUUUCAAGUUUUUGCGUUGGAUCAUGUGGUUCCGGGAAAGUUGAUCAAAAUCCUGCGCAACCCAACUUCCCAUAUGAUUUUUCGAGUUCAGAUUAUCCUCUUGGCUACGAAAACACCAAUUCAUCUGAUAUAUCUCUGUCAUUGAGUUCUGAAUCCUCCAGCCCUUCCACCUCUUCAAUCUCACCAACUACUUCAAGCUCGCAAAUUAAUUCUAUGAAUACAAAGUUACCAGGGAAAGGCAAUAUAAACUAUCCCCCGUAUGCUAUUAAUAAUGAUCAGGGUAAUCAUGAUUUGGCUACACAUGAUGUUUCACCAAAUGCUACGCAUUUUGAUGGAACCCUUGAGUAUGACGUUCAUAGCCUUUGGGGCCUCACAGAAGUAAAUGCUACAUAUAGAGCUUUACUUGAGGUAAAUGAAAACAAGAGGCCAUUUAUCGUAAGUAGAUCGACCGCACCUGGUUCAGGGAAAUAUGCUGCCCACUGGGGUGGUGAUAAUACUGCUAAUUGGGCGUGGAUGUAUUUUUCAAUUCCACAGGCAUUGAGCAUGGGAAUGUUUGGCAUUCCAUUUUUUGGAGUAGACGCGUGUGGCUUCAGCGGAAAUACUGAUUAUGAAUUAUGUUCAAGAUGGAUGCAAUUGGCUUCUUUUUUUCCAUUCUACAGAAACCAUAAUAUAUUAGGAGCAAUUCCCCAAGAACCAUAUCUUUGGUCGUCGGUUUUAGAUGCUACAAAGACUUCUGUGACAAUAAGAUACUCUCUACUUCCUUAUUAUUAUACUUUGUUACAUGAGGCUCAAAAGACUGGUUUCCCAGUAAUGAGGGCUUUAUCAUGGCAAUUUCCACAUGACCGUACUUUAAGUACCGUUGACAAUCAAUUCUUUGUUGGUGACGCUUUAAUUGUUACACCAGUCUUGGAGCCCGGUGUUGAUAAAGUCAAAGGAACGUUUCCUGGUGCUUCUGUAAGUGAAGUGUACUAUGAUUGGUAUACAUACGAAGAGGCCAAUUUUACAGCUGGCAAAAAUGAAUCUAUAAAUGCACCCUUGGGUCACAUUCCGUUUCACAUUAGGGGUGGAAAUGUUAUACCGACCCAAGAACCAGCCUACACUACAACCGAGAGCCGUAAAAAUCCCUUUAGUUUGAUAGUUGCUUUAGAUAUUGAAGGAAAAGCUAAAGGAAGUGUUUACAUCGAUGAUGGGGAAUCCCAGGUGGUUAAGUCUUCAUUGUAUGUUGAAUUUUCAGCUGCAAAUGGCUCUUUACAUUCUGUAGGGCAUGGUGACUAUAAAUCUAAGCAGAGUUUGUCAAAUAUUACAGUUCUAGGUGUUGCCAAAAGACCAAGUAAAGUCACCUUUCAAAAUAAAAAAGUUAACUUCACAUAUGAGAAUAAAACUCUUAUUGUCAAUGAUUUGGAAGAAUUCACUACUACAGGUGCCUUUGCAAAGGCUUUUACCUUUUCCUGGUAG